AUGGCUGUGUCCCUUGUGUUUCUCGUGCACGAGAUUCAUACGCUCUAUGCAGCCAUAUUUUUGCUGAUGUGUGUGGUGUAUGUCCCGAGGGUUCGAACCGACCCUGUCUCUAAAGUAAAGGACGCUGUUAAAGGAUGUGCUAAAGAAAAAUGGGCCGGUCCCGCUAACGGAUUUGGUUGCCCUUUACGGAAGAUCCACCUACGAGCUCAACCCACCGCUUCAGAUGCUGCCGCUGACAGGGACCUGUCAACCAUGAUGGCCUCUGUGCGCAACAUGCGUAAACAAGGAUUCAGUGUAGCUGAGCUUGAACAGGACACUGUGGUGGCGGAAUUCCAGCGUCAUUUGAAAGACCUUCCUUUAUGUUCAAAAACGACUGUCCAAUGCGAUGCUAAACAAAGGUUCCGGUUUAUUAAUGGCACAUGCAACAAUCUGAAGAAUCCCACGUGGGGAAUGUCUAGAGCAGCUCAGCGUCGUCUACUUCCUGCAGCAUACGAGGACGGUUUGAACCUCCCUCGGUCGCUGGGUGUUGAUGGAAAACCACUGCCGUUCCCACGCAAGAUCAGCAACGCAGUCCAUAGGGGUCCUCAGCAGCUUAAGUCAUCCAAACUGACCUUGCAGGCCUCUCCAUUUGGUCAGUUCCUUGACCACGACAUAAUAUUAACGCCACUGAGCACUGAUGAUCCUUGUGUACCACGGUUCAAGGCCGGAUACUGCAUGGAGGUUCCGAGGUCAGCAGGGAUCCUCUGCAAGUCAUCAGCCGGUGGAAUAUUGCAACGUCAGCAGAAAAACGAUCUAACGUCAUUCGUCGACGCUUCAAACGUCUACGGCUCUUCGGACGAGCGUCUGGCGUUAUUGCGAGAGGGAAAAACACCGUUUAUGAAGGUAGCACAUGGUGCAGAUGGGCCCCGCCUACCUGACGGUCCUGAUAACAAGUGCCGUUCAGACGCGGCCAAUGGUAUACGCUGCAGUAUUGCUGGUGAACCACGAGUCAACGAAAUUCCAUCUCUGACGUCAUACCACAAUGUGUUUGUGCUCGAACACAAUCGUCUGGCGAAUAAACUUAAGGACUAUUAUCCGGACAACGAAGAAGCGUUUCAGCAGACAAGAAAACUCUUGAUCGGAAUAAUGCAGAAGAUUGUUUACGACGAAUUUCUCCCUGCUUUUCUUUCACCGACUGCGAUGAAGAAGAAUAAACUUGCCAGCUCAAAUAAAUACAAAUACGAAUCAAAGCUUGAUCCCACCGCUGCCAACGUUUUUGGAAUAGCGUUUCGUAUGGGCCACACUUGGAUUCCCACGUUUGAGUCGGUGUUCACUAAGAACUUCCAACCGUUUCGCGAAACACUUCUCAACCUGACCUUCGGUGAUCCCAACAUGACCUAUAUACAGUCUUUUAAAGGAGGUCCAUCUGGGAUGCAGGGGCUUGCCUACGCGCUCUCUGCCCUCGAGGCACAGAAAACUGACAGAAUUAUCGAAGAAACUGUCCGCAGCUUCUUAUUUGUAAACACGUCGGCCGAUACUUCCUUCGAUCUGGCAUCCCUGAACAUCCAGAGAGGUCGCGACCACGGUCUACCCUCCUACAACGAGUUUCGUAAAUGGUGCGGACUGUCGUCAGUGAGUUUUUGGAAAACCUCAUCACCAGGAGGCCUUGUUGAUCACAACCUUGAGGCAAUCACUCUUUUGAAGGCUGCUGGUUACAGUUCGCCCCAAGACAUAGACUUUUUCCCCGGAGCCCUGAGCGAAAAGCCGUUCUCUGGUGGAACCCUUGGUCCGACCAUGGAGUGUAUUAUAGGAGACCAAUUCCGGAGACUCAAGUUCGGAGACAGAUUCUUCUAUCAGAACAAGGGCACUGGAUUUAAUAAAGCACAACAGGCCGCCAUUCAAAAUUACAGCCUGGCCUCCCUGCUGUGUCAGAACUACAAAUUCAACAAGAUCAACUUUCCGAACGUCUUCAAACAAGCUGACCCACUCAGGCGCUGCCAGCAAAUCGCCGAUAUUGACGUGAAUCCGUUCUGUGUCUCGUCCGCAGACGGGGCGUGUAUAUAA